CAUCGAUUUCCUUGAAGCGCUCCUACGGACGCAGCGCCAACAAAAGUGCCUCUGACCGUUUACAUGAUAUAGAUGCAAGACAAAACGCAACCCACACAACCUAUGGCCACUUCGCACUUCAGCACCUGCUCCACUCUCUUUCUCAGUAGGACUCUGGAACUGCCAGUCAGCUGUGAACAAAGCUGACUUCACUCCAGCCUUUGCCACACAGUCCACCCUCAGCAUCCUGGCACUGACAGAAACAUGAAUACGUCCAGAGGAUACAGCAACACCUGCUGCUCUCUCCAACAACUUCUCCUUCUCUAACACCCCUCGACAGGGGUGGGGGAACAAGUUUGCUCAUUCAUAACAACUGGACUUUUUCACCACACUCUUCUCUAUGUAAUAAUACUAAUUUUGAAUUCCAUGCUAUUACUACAAUGCAACCCACAAAAAUGCAUGUUGUUGUCAUUUAUCGCCCUCCAGGUAAGCUGGCAAACUUUCUCGAGGAUGAAGGAUGAUGGUAAGCCACUUGUGGUUCUUGGUGAUUUCAAUAUACACCAAGACAAGCUCCAGGCCACUGAACUGAAUGCUCUUCUGGCCGCAUUUGACUUGGAAAGACUAAGCACCACAGCAACUCACAGAUCGGGCAACCAGCUGGACCUCAUUUUUACACGCCAGCACGUACUACACCACCCAGCCCCUGGCUCUCUGACAUCCUUCAUGAACAUCAGACUGACCUCAGGGCAGCUGAGAGGAGAUGGUGGAAAUCUAAAGAUCCAGCAGAUAAUGAACAAGCUGCUGGAUGACAAUCAGUCAGGCUUCAAAAGUGGACACUCCACCGAGACUGCCCUGCUGUCUGUCACUGAGUCGCUGAGACAGGUGAAAGCUGAAUCCAGAUCAUCCGUCCUGAUUCCACUGGACCUUUCUGCAGCCUUCGACACAGUCAACCAUCAGAUCUUACUCUCCACCCUCUCUUCGCUGGGCAUCACAGGAACUGUGCUUGACUGGUUUAAUUCCUAUCUCUCAGCCCAAUGACACCACAGUGACUGCUCGAAUCUCUGCCUGCCUGGCAGACAUCUUGGCCUAGAUGAAGAAACACCACCUACAACUUUACCCAGCCAAGACCGAACUCCUUGUCUUUCCAGCCAACCCUGUUGUUGAACACAAAAUCACAGUGCAGCUGGGUGCAACUACAGUAACGCCUUCCAAAAUGGUCAGAAAUCUAGGGGUAACAUCGAUAACAAACUAAAUUUCACAGACCACAUCUCAGAGACCGCAAGAUCAUGUAAUUUACACUCUACAAUAUCAGGAAGAUAAGACCCUUCCUCUCUGAACAUGCCACACAUCUUCUUGUUCAGUCACUUGUCAUAACUAGACUGGACUACUGUAACGCUCUCAUUGCAGGCCUCCCUGCAUGUGCAAUUAGACCCCUGCAAAUGAUCCAGAAUGCAGCAGCACGUCUGUUCUUUAAUCAACUAAAGAGAGCGCAUGUUACACCACUCCUUGUCUCUCAUCACUGGCUGCCGGUUGAUGCACAUAUCAAGUUCUAGGCUCUGAUGCUGGCAUACAAAACAGUCACUGGGUCUGCUCCAGCAUACCUAAAAUCAUUUCUGCAGAGCUACGCAUCCACUAGAAGCCUGCGGUCGGCUAAUAUUUCACUUUUCGUACCACUGUCUCCUUAAGAUGAUUCGCUUAUGUUUUCCCUCUUUUGUAAGUGGCUUUGGAUAAAAGCAUCUGCCAAAUGAAUAAAUGUAAAUGUUAUGAUUGGCACUGGUGUUAGAGCCCCGCCCUUUUAGAUGCGCAUUUGCACUAUAUUAGCAGGCGCUCAAACACCAUUUCUUCAGAGUUUUCUUCCUUCAAGCUUGUCUUGACUAUGCAUCCGGAACAGCCCUCUCUUCGCCAUCAAUGGAUACCCAUCAGCGGACGGGAUUCCCUGCAGACACAUCAGGACGGUCUUCGCCUGACUCUCUGUGCCUGCCGCGAAAGAUUCACCCACCCCCACAAGUGUUCCGGUGAAGAAGUUUCUUCGCCUCGCUGCCGUAUCAGGUUCUUUGCUCAGUGAGACAUCUACCCGCUUCCCGCAACAUCCAGGCAGGAGCUGUAUCCUUUGAUAUACUGUAUAUAUAUGUAUAUACGUAAUAUUCCAUCCAAGUGACAUAAAACACUCUAUAAAAGCAUUGCUUGUGUGUACGCAUCUUUUUAAAGAUGAUGUGUUGCAAGUGUUCCUGUGAGCGACACAUCGUUCCGUCAGAUAUGAGAGCUGCGUUCACUGCCUGGGCCACACCCAUGCCAAAUGGUGUAUUAUAUGACUCAUAUAGAUCCUCAGAUUAAAAUGAACUUCCUAUCUGGUUUUCACCAUGUGGGGUUAUUCAUUUUCAUACACACUUGAAGACAUAUCAUAAUAAGUCACUGCCCGAAGGACCCAUGACCUCAUAUACAUAUUCUUCUAAGUGUUUCUACCUUAGUACAUCUUAGGGUAUGAUGCUACGUAGUGUGGCGUGAUGGGACUCCGUUCCCCAUAGCGCUCCAAUGCAAUGUCGAGGGAACUGAAUCAACAGGGAAUGUCUCCGGAUACUCAUGUAACCUUGAUUCCCUGAGAUGAAGGGAACGAGACAUCGCAAAACUUGGCCACACUACUACUUCAGAGUUUUGAGGUACGAGCAUAAGUUCUUGUCCUUCAUUCAGAAAAUUCGGAAGAAAUGGUGUUUGAGUGCCCGCUUAUAUAGGGCAAAUGCAUGCCUAAAAGCGCGGGGCUCAAACACCAUUGCCAAUCAUAAGAUUGUCAUUAUGAUACAAGGGCUUCAGCUAAGUUGUGGACUAGGAAUUCCCCAUAGCGUUCAAAUGCAAUGUCUUACCAAAUGUGUACAUGAGUAACCGGAGAUGUUUCAUUUGAUAUGCUGCUUUACAAAAUCUGUUCAUAUUUUGCACGUCAGCACGCUGAUAAACAUGAUGUCUACAUACUGUAUGUGGACACUGGCACCGUGUUUCCUCAAAAGUAGAAAAAACAUGUUAGUUAUUUUGAAAAACUUUCAACUCUAACACAUCUGUGGGUCGUUUAGCUUCAUUUUAAUAUACAUUUUGUUAUGUUCUCUGUGCAAUACGAUUCUAUUAAUUAACAUAAUAAAUGCAUUCAUAUAUAUUUACUGUGCAUUUUCACACUGAGAAUAAAUGGGUUCAUCCAAAAGCUGAAAGAGGCUUUAUAUGGCGUUAGGAUGAAAAUAAGGUAUAUUUUGAACUGUUCUGAGACCAGUGCAGAUAGACAGCACACUGGAGGUUAAGUCAUUCACUAAAUAGUGAGCAAGGGAGCAUCCUAUAGCUUUCUAUGUAGCUACAAUGCAUUCAAUCCUAAAAUCCAACCAUAAGUUCAGUUUCAGGCUGCAGAUGAUGUUUGGACCACUCAACGUGUUUGGCAGACAUGGGACAAUGGUAAUCAGUACAUGGAUUCAGAAUUGUAUUAUGCUACAUUUUAUUUUAACAUGGCUGGCAGUGAUUGGAUGAUGCUGGACAUUACUUUGAAUAAAAAUUAUUGAUUCAGUUUACAGAAAAAUCAGCUUUACUGUCUGUAAUGUCUCAAAAUCAUGAAUAACCAACACCCCUGGAAACAAAAUAAACUUUCUAUAGCUUAGUGUUAUUUAAAAUUUCACAACGUAGU